GCGACCACAAUUGUUUUGGUCCCGCGGCUUUUGUUUUCUUCUUCAGAUCCUAAUCUCUGUUUCUUCUUCUUCUUCCCUCUGUUCAUAUUCCCAAAACCGAAAACCCUGGCUUCUUGCGCUCUUCAAUCACGACGCGAACGAUUCCUUCUGUCAGACCUUAUUGGUUGGAAUUACCUUCACUUCUUCCAAAAUAAAAUCGAAUUUAUAAUCUCCAAUCUCCAGCAGAAAUGCACUUACCCGAUAAUCCGCCACUGCAAACAGACUCUUCUUCCUCUGAGACCCUGGACACUUCACCGCUCCUCAAUCACUCCCUCGCUGACCACCUCCUCCGGAGCCGCCGCAUCCUCCGGAAUUCCCCUCGACAAUUUCGUGGAGCAGCUGCAGACCUUCUCCGGCGAGCUGGGGAACGCAGUAUGAUGCUCCGGGAACCCUCGGUCCGUGUCCGUGAGUUCGCCGCAGAGCAACUCGAGGAGCGGCAAAGCGACUGGGCGUACUCGAAGCCGAUAGUAAUAAUCGACGUGUUGUGGAACUUGGCUUUUGCUGGUAUUGCUGUGACGGUUCUGGGGUUGAGCGCCAAGGAGAAGACCGAGGUGCCGCUGAGGGUGUGGAUAAUUGGGCACGCUCUUCAGUGUGUUUUUCAUAUUGUAUGUGUAGUAGCAGAGUACAGAAGACGAAAUCAGAGGAGGAGUAUUGUGGGAUUAGAGGAAAGUGGGAGGUGGAGUUCUUUGUCUGGCAGCGAUGCUGAUGAUUAUGGGGCAGUGCAGAGUGGCAAUGAACAUGAAACUAGUGUUGUAAAGCAUCUAGAGUCUGCAAACACGAUGUUUUCAUUUAUCUGGUGGGUCAUCGGGUUUUACUGGGUAUCUGCUGGUGGCCCAAAUGUAACAAGUGAUUCGCCUCAGCUGUACUGGCUGGUUAUUACAUUUCUUGCUUUUGAUGUACUGUUUGUGGUCAUCUGUGUUGCUGUUGCAUGUCUGAUUGGUAUAGCUGUAUGCUGCUGUCUUCCGUGCAUAAUUGGAAUAUUAUAUGUCAUGUCGGACCGGGAUGGGGCAACACAGGAAGAGAUUGAUAGAUUGCCAAAGUACAAAUUCCACCGAGUUUGUGAUUUCGAGAAAGUUGAUGAUGAUAUCCAAGAACCUUCUGGGGGAAUAAUGGCCGAAUGUGGAACUGACAUGCCCUCCAAACGCAUUCUUUCCGAGGAGGAUACUGAGUGUUGCAUCUGCCUAUCUGCCUAUGAUGAUGGAACAGAUCUGCGCGAACUUCCUUGCCUUCACCAUUUCCACUGCACCUGCAUAGACAAGUGGUUACACAUCAAUGCUACCUGCCCGCUUUGCAAAUUCAACAUCCUCAAGUCUGGCAACCAAAGUGGCAGCGAAGAAGUGUAGAGAUUAUUGAUUUUCGGUAAACGUACUGACUGGAUAUCUGUUAUUGAUCAUUUGGAUUGGCACUUCAGUUGGGGUUUACGGUUUCCUGGCUAAUUUCAACAGUGUUGCUGAAGGUGGGUUCAUGCCAGGGUAUCAAACAUGCUUCCUCCUGCUUACCAUGUAUAUGCGACUUCUUUCUGGUAUAAGUAUUUCCGAGAUGUUAAUGAACAAGACGUAUUUCUAUUUAUCGACAAUAUCUUCCGUUUCGUCCAAGCUGGAUCCGUAGUAUCCGCCUUAUUGGGGAGAAUGCCCUUAGCUGUGGGAAAUUUGAUUCACAAGGAAACAGACGUUCCUUGCCAAUGUAAUGUAAAUUGUUCCAGAAAUUUACACCCUAGAGCUUGUUUCAUCAUGUAUAUGCAACUUCUUUUUGGUAUAAAGUUGAUUCACCAGGAAACAGA